CGACGCCUCUCGAGGAAGUUUGCCCUUUAAUUACGGAGCGGGGUUCCCGGCCGCCUCAGCCUUCGGGAGCGAGCAGCGGGGCGUGAGGCGCGGUGGGUCCUACCCGGCGGCUUCGCGGCCAUGGGCGGCUCCGCCUCCAGCCAGCUGGACGAGGGCAAGUGCGCCUACAUCCGAGGGAAAACUGAGGCUGCUAUUAAAAACUUCAGUCCCUAUUACAGUCGGCAGUACUCAGUGGCUUUCUGCAACCAUGUGCGGAGUGAAGUAGAACAACAAAGAGAUCCAACAUCACAAUUUUUGAAGACCAAGCCACCAUUGGAACCUGGAACCGUGUUAUAUGAAGCAGAGCUCUCACAGUUUGCAGAAGACAUAAAGAAAUGGAAGGACAGAUAUGUUGUGGUUAAAAAUGAUUUUUCUGUGGAAAGCUAUGAGAACAAAGAGGCCUAUCAAAAAGGAGCUGCUCCUAAAAGCCGAAUUCUUCCAGCUGGUGGCAAGGUGUUAACCUCAGAAGAUGAAUAUAAUCUAUUAUCUGAUAAGCAUUUCCCAGAUCCCAUUGCCUCCAGUGAGAAGGAAAACUCUCAGCCUUUUGUGGUCUUGCCGAAGGUGUUCCCGGUGUACCUGUGGCAGCCCUUCCUGAGACACGGCUACUUCUGCUUCCCCGAAGCUGCUGACCAGAAGAAGUUCAGCACGCUCCUGAGUGACUGCAUCAGACACCUGAAUCACGAUUACAUGAAGCAGACGACAUUUGAAGCCCAAGCGUUUUUAGAAGCUGUGCAGUUCUUCCGACAGGAGAAGGGUCAUUAUGGCUCCUGGGAAAUGAUCACUGGGGAUGAAAUCCAGGUCCUGAGUAACUUGGUGAUGGAGGAGCUCCUGCCAACCCUUCAGACAGAUCUGCUGCCUAAAAUGAAGGGCAAGAAAAAUGACAGAAAGAGGGCCUGGUUUGGCCUCCUGGAAGAAGCCUACAACCUGGUUCAGCACCAAGUUUCAGAAGGAUUAAGUGCAUUGAAGGAGGAAUGCAGAACCCUGACGAAGGGCCUGGAAGGAACAAUUCGUUCAGACAUGGAUCAGAUUGUGACUUCAAAGAACUUUUUAAUUGGAAAGAUCAAAGCAAUGGUGGCCCAGCCAGCAGAGAAAACCUGUGGGGAAAGUGUGCAACCAUUCCUGGCGUCCACUCUGGAAGAGCUCAUGGGGCCCGUGAGCUCAGGAUUCAGUGAAGUACGCUCACUUUUUGAAAAAGAAGUGGAUGAACUCAGCCAGAGCUUUCAGACCACCAAGGACAGCACCCAGCUAAAGGAGCAUCUAGACCAGCUUAUGAAUCUGCCACUAGAUUCCGUGAAGAUGGAACCUUGCUAUACUAAGGUCAACCUGCUUCAAGAGGGCCUGCAGGAUCUCAAGAGCCGUUUUAGAUUCCCGCACGUCAACCUGGUGGUCCAGAGGACACAGAACUACAUGCAGGAGCUAAUGGAGAAUGCAGUCUUUACUUUUGAGCAGUUGCUCUUCCCACAUCUCCAAGGCGAGGCCUCCAGAACUGCUGCUGCCAUUAAGAAGGUGAAGCUCCGAGUCCUAAAGCAAUAUGAUUAUGACAGCAGCACCAUCCGGAAGAAGAUCUUUCAGGAGGCAUUGGUUCAAAUCACGCUUCCCACUAUGCAGAAGGCACUGGCGUCCACAUGCAAACCAGAGCUUCAGAAAUAUGAGCAGUUCAUCUUUGCAGAUCAUACCAAUAUGAUCCAUGUUGAAAAUGUCUAUGAAGAGAUUUUACAUCAGAUUCUCCUUGAUGAGACUCUGAAAGUGAUAAAGGAGGCUGCUAUUCUGAAGAAACACAACUUAUUUGAAGACAACAUGGCCUUGCCUAGUGAAAGUGUGUCCAGCUUAACAGAUCUAAAACCUGCCAUUGGAUCAAACCAGGCCAGCCCGGCCAGGACAGUUUCUGCCAUUCUUCCCGGAGCUCUAGAGAGUGAGACCCUAAGUAACGAAGUGUUCCAGGAGUCAGAGGAAAAGAAGCAGCCAGGGGAUCCUAGUUUAUUGGCCAAACAAGAAAGCCUUUCUUUCCCUGAGCCUAGCUCUGGCCUAAGUGGGGAUGGGCAGGUGACUAUCUCAAGCACCGAUGACCCUGCUGUGACUCCUGUGGCUGAGGAAGACAUGGAAGAAACCCUGGGUAUAUGCUCAGAAUCAGGAAGGGCCACUGAGAAUGAAGAAUCCACCCAUGAAGAGCCAGACUUCACUUCUGCCUCAGAAUCCUUGAAGGAGCUCAGAGAGUUGUUGACGGUGACCAUUGAAGAGCCAAUGGAGUCUGCUGUGGUGAUUGAAAAAGACACAAAGGAGACACUUAUUCUUCAAGAAAAUGAAAAAGAAGAGGAAAAAACCCAAAUCAACACAGAGGCCAAUCAGGCAGCUGCCCCCCAAGAGGAUAGCCAUGAAGAAAGUGAAGUCAGUGAAAAAACCCAAAUCAACACAGAGGCCAAUCAGGCAGCUGCCCCCCAAGAGGAUAGCCAUGAAGAAAGUGAAGUCAGUGAGAGGAAGGCCCAUUCUCCUCCUCCAGAGGCUGAGGGCCCCAGGGUAGGCUUGGGGACAUUUCCUGAGGUGAGCAGCCCUGGUCCUCAGCUGGCCUGUGGUGGGCUCACUGGAGAUCUCACCGAGGAUGCCAGCUUCCCAGACCUCACAGCAGAGCCAACAGAGGCCACAGAACCCCAUGAGAAGGAGCUUGCAGUGCGGGCUGCCACACCAGAUGCCCAUGAAGGAGAAAAGGCCGCUGGGAGUGCCGUUGAGGGCCAGGCCAUAUGGCAAGAAGGUGGCACUUUCCAUUCCGACUCCAUCUGCCCCGGGGAGAGCCAAGUUCCUGAGGAACAAGAAGUGAUGGGAGGGAAGAGUGUCGUGGCCCCAGCUAUGACCAGCGUGGAUACAGAGGCAGUGACGCCUGAGUGUCGGUGGGUGGUUGAGAAUGCUCCAAACACAGGUGCCCUAGAUUCACCUAAAGAUGAUGUGAAGGAGGGAGAAAUUUGCCAGGAGAGCUCCCCAGAGCAGCCCUCGGAGGAAUGAGAGGCAUAAUUCGGCAAGCCUUUCUUUGAACAAAGUCAAAGGGUUAUGGUUAGGGUAUACAUGGAAAUUGCAUGUGAGUUAUCUGAAAAAUCAUGAAAUAUUUCUUUCAGCUGAAUAAUAAAGCCAAAGGAAAUGCAUGCAGGCUAUGAGCACAGAGGCCAACCUUUGUGGCAUUGAACUGCUCCACCAUGACUUUCUGCUUUAGCAUUUUCACAGAGAUCACAGAGGCCCUGGAGUGUUAGGGUGAGAGGAGGCUGGAGGGGCCAAGAGAGGCAGCAGUAUUGCCGUCGAGGCUGAAAGCAGCAGGAGCACAGUUCUCAAUACGCUGCACAUUGCGGUGGUGCAACUCUCAAGUGCACUUUAAGGCUUUUUAACUUUUAGUAAGAAUGCAAAAGUAUACUGUCCUUUCAGCCUCACUAUUUACUCUUAUCGACUCACCGGCUCCUUUAAGGGCUCAGCAUUUGUUCCCUCUGGGCUGCAAGAAGGUCCCCAGUCACCCCUGCCGUGUGCAGCGUUCAUGCCCUGCGGUAGGUCUCCGGAGAAGCUGAGUAGAAACCACGGAAGAAAGAUGAUGGCCUAUGGGGCUGUAUGGGCCUGUCACUGAUCCUACUAUCAAUUUCAUAUUAACUGAUGGUGGUGAUUUUUAUCAAUUAAUCACCUUUUAAGGAAAUUCAGAUGAGCCAAGGAAAUUGUAUGAGCAAGCAUAAGUCUGAAAGCAUUCCAAAUUAGCCUUAGACUGUGCAAAGAGCACAGGUAAAUGAUCAAGCUUAAAGCCUACCAAUUAAACAAACAUUGUUUGAACAGCUACUGCAUGCCACGCACUGUGUUAGGCAUAGUAAUGAAGAAAAAAGAUAAGGUGAUUUGACUCGUGCAAAUUAAAAGGCCCAUGAAAAAAAGAAGAGGCCCAUGAGAAUGUAGUCUAGUAGAAGAAAUCAUGACAAUUUUCAAACUGAUAGCUUUUUCUUUUUUCCAUUCAAACAGUCUUGGUUUAUCUUCAAAUGCGGAAUGAAUGACUGAAUAAAUACAAAAGCCAAGGCAUAGAUCACCAAGUUCCAAAUAUCGCCAAAAUUAGAAAUCAUUCGUUUGGUCGUUCAGCAAAUUAAUUGAAACCCUGUUAGGUACCAACCACUAGUGAUACCCAGUAUGAGAAGGUCAUUAUUCUUUUCUUUCUGAAAAGAAUAGAAAGAAAUGUAUCUUCUAAAUGGAUAGUAAACUGUAACUCUUAAUGUUAAAAGUGGAAUGGACUUACUUGGACAAAUCUACAAAAAUGAUUUUUCUAUUGUUCUUUAAAAAAAAUACCAGAGGGCUGGGGCUUUAGCUCAGUGGUUCCACCGCCUGCCUCCCAAGAACAAGGUCCUGAGUUUGAUCCCUGGUACCAAAAAAAAAAAAAAGAAAAGAAAAAUACCAGAGUAUUCCCUAAGAGUUUCCGUUUCAGGUACUAUAUCUUGAAGUUUCCUUCCACAAAUUUUAGUAUUACAUUUUAUAAUACUGUGUAAGAGCUUGUUUUUUUUUUUUUGGUACCGGGGAUUGAACUUGGAUCCUUGUGCUUUUUAGGCAGGUGGCGGAACCACUGAGCUAAAUCCCUGGCCCUAGAGCUUGUUUUGAUUAUCACCAUCAAGUAAAUUUAAUACAUCAAGUACAUCAGUUCUUCAGAGAAUUUGUUCCACAAUUCAGCCAUUUAACCAGGAAAUAAAAUAUUUCCUUCCAUGAUCUUCUCAUGAAGAAUUUCUUGGAUAUCUAAGUCAUAAAGGAUUAAUAAUAGGAUCAGCAUAGUUUCAUAUUGAAGUACCUUAACUUUUCUUAGUAUUUAGACCCUGAGGUGUAUGAGGGAUCCCAUCAUGAUCAAGGAAGGUAGAGAUCAUUUCUCCCUUGGUCCCUGCUUAGCCAGUACUCACUCAUAUCCUGGCAUUUACCACAGUGUAUUGAAAUUAUGUUUAUUUCCUGACUCACCUAGAAGCUCCUCUCCUCAAGGACUGAAAUUCAGGCUUAGUCAUAAUUUGUGCUUCCUGCUGAAACUCCACAUCAUGAAUCAUGGCUUCCUGCAUGUCAAGUAACUUUAAUAUCCCCAGUGUGUAACACUGGAACUGGCGCAGGGGCUGCUCAGGAAAUGCAGGAACUGAACGCCCAGCACUCUGCUGUGCAAGGGCUAGCUACCUGGAGCUUGCUGUUAGGAAGGGAGAAGUUUUCACUUAGGCUUUCUGCCCUGUUGAAUCGUCCCUUAAAUAAAGUCCAGAGUCCAAAAGGCAGAUGGCCAGAUGGCCAGAAGCACUGCCCAGGAAAGCCCAGAGCCAAAGAAGCAGUCUCCAGCCCCACAAGGCCUGCCCUUCUCUCUGGGAGACUUAUGGCUGUGUGGAGCCCCAGCUCAGCCUCCCCGCUUUGCUCACCUCAAGACUUCUUGCAUCUCUUGGAAAGCUAGGAGCCCUCUCAAUCCUAAGAGAGUUCAUUUCACUGCAUUAGAUGAAUGAACAUUAGUACCUUUCCUUUAUCCAUCCUGAAACUAGGCACUAAGUAGCAGAACAUAUUGGAAAACACAGUCAAAGACUUUUGCUAGAUAUAUUUCACAAAGUCAAGUUCUUUCACAGGAGCAGGACUAUUGUUACCUUUGAAAAUGGAAUAGGAUGGGCCAGGGAUUUAGCUCAGUGGUUCUGCCGCCUGCCUUGCAAGCGUAAGGACCCGAGUUCGAUCCCUGUGAACCAAAAACAAAGAAAAGAAAAGAAAAGAAAAUGGAAUAGGAAACUGAGGUGCAUUGAAAUAUUCUAUAUCUGUGUUACUAUGCUGAAGGGUAACUUCAUGUUAUCAUGCCUUUUCCCUACUUCUCAUACAGAUUUGUGUGUGUUGCUUUAGUGGUUUCCAGGUGGGAGCAAGGCCGUUAUGAUUUGAAUGAGCAGCAUGAAAAGUCGCAGUGCUGUGCUCUGGGGAUCUCUGCUAUGGGCAAAGCCUGCAGACAUGCAUAAAAGCUCAAGAUGUGCUUCUUAGAAAAAACCCCAUGACUUGAAACCAGCUAUGGUAUUACUGACCUUUCACAAAGAAAGAAUAUUUUCCUUGAAAAAACUGGUUUUUCAGUUUUUUCUAUUUCACUUGGAGCAGACAGUAGUACCUUGCCUUAUACACAGUAAACUCUCUCUUUUUUACAAAAGUAUUUUGGAGAUUGAGGAUAAGGUUCCAUUUUAUCCAAAAGCUUUGUAAAGAGGCUGUAUGUGGGGCUGGGGAUGUAGCUCAGUGGCACUGCACCUGGGCAAGGUCCUGAUUUCAAUCCCUGGUAACAACAACAACAAAAAAGGCUGUAUGUGAAGAACCGAAGAUCUUUCGGUAUGAUACUCUACAUUUUAUUAAAGCAUUCACAAGUCUGGUUUUGUAAUUCUCCAGAUGAGAACCAGUGAUUUCAGAGGGUUUUUACCAUUCCUUCAGGAAAAAAAAAAGUGAUUUUAAUUCACUAGCAAAAGUGCUCAAUGGGCAGUGGUUCUGGCUCAGUAUUAGAAUACUUACCUGGCAUGUGUAAAUCCUUUAGUUCAGACAGGCACCACAAAAAAAGCGUUAAGUGAUAUGUAGUACAUAACAAUUUUAAUAUGGGGAAGAGAAGGACAUCCCUGACUCAAAAAAUAAUAGUUACACUAAGUAAAAAUAGUUGGCAACAUAUGCCUUUCUACUCUACCAUAAACAGAUGGGUUUGGGGGUUUGCUUUCUGAAGUCUGCAACUUUAAGAUUAAGAAAAAAUCUGCAUUGUUUUCACAAUGGUUUUAUUUUUAUGGUCACUAUAUAAAACAAAUAAACUUAGAACACUUCGUAACCAUGUAUUUACUCUGCCAAGUGCCUAUAAUCCAAUAAAAUGCUCAUCCUUGAG